CCGAACCAAACAUGCUGUAAGUGUUUCUCUCUGCCACCACCGUCUUCAUCAUCAUCUUCCCCUCUCUCCCUCUUUUUGCUUACAUCUCAGGUGCUCCUCCACCUCCUUCCCUUCUUCUUCAAGGCAUGCUUCUGGAAAUGGUCCUUAGGCCCUUUGAAUGGAUGCAGAAUCAAAUGAUAGGAAAUCUGGGAAGCUCUGUGAAUAUGCUUCGAGGAACCCAUUAAGAAUACCAAAGAUUACAAGUAACCUAGAGCAAAGAUGUUUCAAGGAUUUACGGAAUGAGAACUUUGGAUGUGUGAAAGCCGUAUUGUGCAUUUAUAGGAAACUGCUAUCGUCAUGUAAGGAGCAGAUGCCACUUUUUGCAAGUUGUUUAUUAGGGAUCAUUCGGGCUCUUUUGGAACAAACCCGACAGGAUGAAAUGCGAAUUUUGGGUUGCAAUGCUCUUGUAGAUUUCAUAAACCGUCAUUGUGUUCUCUUUUAUCUAUUAUUUCUUUUAUCUAACACUUGUUGUAGUUGUCUGCAUGCAUGUCUUUCUGGUCAUUCUUUUCUUCACAAUUUUCCUAUUCUGCUGAUUUAGACUUGUUUCCAGUGAAUUUGCUGGUUUGAUUACCGGAAAUGACUACUGUCUACGAGUUUUAAGGAUAGGCUCGGCAAGAUUAUCAUACAGCUUAUUUAAAAUUUUCAAGUAGCUUCUUCUUUUCUACCUUUAUGCAACAGUCCGAAUCCUCAGUUAGAAGACAUCGUUUAAACUAAGUGGCUGACUUAUUGCAAUAUUUUUCAAUGGAAAGAGGCUUGGUUUUCGCUGCUUUGUGUUUCUUAAUGUAGGAUAAGGUUGAGCCUAGACUAGUUAACGGUUCAAAUAGCUUUAAUCCACCUGUAAAUAACCUUAUGUUGUAAAAAAAAAAGAGUUAGCAUCCAGUUCUUUACAAGUCAAAUUAAUUCCUGCUUUUUUUCAGGGAGUUUCUCUUUUUAAAUAAUUUUAUUCAGAUAUUGUAUUCAUUAAUAAUGUUUCAUUUUCGGUACUUCUUUUCUCAUUUAGUAUUUUCUACUCAUAUUUGUUUACUUUGACCUCCAAUUCUUGUCACUUACCACUUUCUCUUUUUCUCAU